AUGUGGCGUUCCCAGGAACGGGGCUGUAUGCUCCAGGCCUCAAUGAGGAGCCCAAACAUGGAGGCCUUCAAGCAGCAGAAGGUGGAGGACUGUUACGACAUCGGAGAGGAGCUGGGGAGCGGCCAGUUUGCCAUUGUGAAGAAGUGCCGGGAGAAGAGUACCGGGCUGGAGUACGCCGCCAAGUUCAUCAAGAAGCGGCAGAGCCGGGCCAGCCGGCGGGGCGUGUGCCGGGAGGACAUCGAGCGGGAGGUGAGCAUCCUGCGGCAGGUGCUGCAUCCCAACAUCAUCACGCUGCACGACGUCUUUGAGAACCGCACCGACGUGGUGCUCAUCCUGGAGCUGGUGUCCGGAGGAGAGCUCUUUGACUUUCUGGCCCAGAAGGAGUCGCUGAGUGAGGAGGAGGCCACCAGCUUCAUUAAGCAGAUCCUGGACGGAGUGAACUACCUUCAUGCCAAGAAAAUUGCUCACUUUGAUCUCAAGCCAGAAAACAUUAUGUUGUUAGACAAGAAUAUUCCCAUUCCACACAUCAAGCUAAUUGAUUUUGGCCUUGCUCACGAAAUAGAAGAUGGAGUUGAAUUUAAGAACAUUUUUGGCACACCAGAAUUUGUCGCUCCAGAGAUUGUGAACUAUGAGCCCCUGGGCCUGGAGGCUGACAUGUGGAGCAUAGGCGUCAUCACCUACAUCCUCCUAAGUGGAGCAUCCCCUUUCCUGGGAGACACGAAGCAGGAGACACUGGCAAAUAUCACAGCGGUGAGUUACGACUUUGAUGAGGAAUUCUUCAGUCAGACCAGUGAGCUGGCCAAGGACUUCAUUCGGAAGCUUCUGGUUAAAGAGACCCGGAAGCGGCUCACAAUCCAAGAGGCUCUCCGACACCCCUGGAUCACGUCCAAAGGAGAAGCCAGAGCCCCAGAACAGCGGAAGACAGAGCCCACCCAGCUGAAGACCAAGCGCCUGAGAGAGUACACCCUCAAAUGCCACUCCAGCAUGCCUCCCAACAACACCUACGUCAACUUUGAGCGCUUUGCUCAUGUGAUGGAGGAUGUGGCUUGGGUUGACCAGGGAUGCCACGCCCUGGCAGGGGCCCAUGACACCAUCCAGGAUGAUGUGGACGCUUUCGUUUCCAUCUUCAAUGAGAAGGAAGCUUGGUACCGAGAGGAGAGUGAGAGUGCCCGGCAUGACCUGUCCCAGCUCAGGUACGAGUUCCGCAAAGUGGAGUCCUUGAAGAGGCUCCUGCGAAAAGACAUCCAGACCACAGGCUCCAGCCUCGGAAGCGUGGCCAGGAAAUUGGACCGUCUGCAGGGGCAGUUUGAAGCUCUGAGGCAGGAGCUCUCAGCAGACCUACGGUGGCUCCAGGAGCUGGUGGGCAGCUGCCAGCUGGAGAGUGGGAGCACAGAUGGCCUGGGCUCUGUGUUCUGCCGGGACGCCAGUGAGCCCCUAACGGAGCUGCGCAGCAGACCAGGCAGCGACCAAGUCUUGGCCGGCUUGGAGCUCUGAGGACCAGAAUCUCGUCGGCAAUGCCUCCUGGAUGGCUUGCAGAAGCAUGUUCCAACGGCCCUGCUGGGCAUCAGCUAGAGUUAUCCUGCAGGGAUGUAUGUCUGUAGCAUAGACUUCCACCCCCUUCCCAGAACCCAGAAUCACAGAGGUACUAGCGAGUUAUUCAUUCUGCACCUCCUCUCACCAACCUGGUUUUCUGGGAUGGGGGAUUGGCAGGGCAGCCAAGCUGUGAAAACAAUUGAGAAUAAACAGCCUUCAAUGUAUCUUUCUCUAGCGGGAGGACAGCUGGCUCUGGGGAAAUGCUUGAUAACUGAUGUGUGAUCAUGGAUUUGUGCACAUUUCACUUCCCACCUAUAUGCCUUGGGGGUGGCAGAUCUUGGGUAAUAUUGAGCUAAACGGGGGUAAUAGUAAGUCAGCUUGGUGCUUCCCUGCUUCAGAAGGAGGAAUUUUAAAUGCACAGAGAAAAUAUUACUUCUCAUUUGCAUUGACAUCGCUUAUCAAGCACUUAUAUCUUUGAUCCUUAGGUCUUUGAUCCCUAAAAUAACUUUGCAAGACAGGAAAGUCGGUGGCAUUAUUAUUGCUAUUACUAUUAUUUUCAUUUAUCUGAUAAGGAAAUUGACUCAAAGAGGGAAAAUGAUUUUCUCAGGGUCAUUCAUAGCUGGUUGAUACAGAUGAAACAGAAACUCAGGAUGCCUGACUCUAAGAUGAGGUAUAUGGGAAGAAAUUGCGAGACUUUGAUGUAAAUAUCCAUCUUAGUAUUAAAGUUCAGACCCCAGCGGUAAAAUAAGCAACUUCACGUAUUCUGCCAGGUAUGGAUGGAAUGCUUCGUACCUUCAGAUGAUGGAGGAAUAUGUCCUAGAGGGCGCAGUCAUGGCCCUGAGCCUGUCUGAAGCCCAGCCCACAGAGCAGGAGGAGGGCAGCAUCUCACCCUUCUCCAGCUGUCUCCCUCUGGCUAAGGGCCUCAGUUUUGUGUUGGGAAUGAAUACCAAACAGGACUCAGCAAGAAGGUUCCUUUUCUUACGUUCUUAGGGCAUUGGGCCCUAAAAAGUCAGAGAAACUCCAUGAGAGUUUUUGAAGAGGGGGACAUUAAGACUGGGAAGCAUAAGGUUCAGUCGUCCCCUCUUGACCCCAAGCUUUGAGCAUACCCUCUGAGGACUGUGUGGUCUUAUCACCCUUUUCCCAGAGGAGCACCCAUCAUCUGGCUCAUAGAGACAGAGCAUGAGUGUGGGCCCAGAACUGUGCUAGAAGCUUGGGGGUUGGGGAAAAGAUGUAUCAUUUCCAAGUGUCUUAAUAGACUCACAACAUACCCUUGUCAGAGAAGCAGGGUAAAUGCUAUUCCCAGUUUAGAGAGGAGGAAACAGAGAGGAUGUGAUUUGCCCAAGGGCAUAAUUGUGGCAAAAGUGGAGGUAUCCUGAGACAUCUGUUGCCUUCCUGCUUCCCCUAACUGCCCCAGGCUUCAGGAGUUUUCUCUGCUUCCGAGGCAGGUGAUAUGCAGAUUCAACCAUCCACCCAUUCUUAAAUGGUUUCUGAGCACCUAGCAACUGCCAGGUACUUGGUUUGGCCCUGGAGAUACAAAGCUAAGAGAAAACAGGCAUGUUUCCUGCCUUAACAAAGUCUGCAGUCCAGUGAAGGAUUCCAACAUUAAUCAAGAACAUUCUAGAAACGUAGAACUGAAGCUGAGACAUAUGCUGGGAAUGAGAAGUAUGAAUUACUGUAAGAGCCUGCAAUGAGGGUUUGAUCUAAUCAGGGAAGGCAUCCACGAGGUGGUGAUGCUGAGCUGAGAUCAGCUAAGCACACUAGGGAGAAAGAAUUGUUCCCUACAGAGCCCUCACGCCAUGGCUCUGUGGUCAGAGGGGGCAUGGGAGGCUGAAAUUACAUAGAUAGAAAGAAAGCUGGAGGGGAGAGAAUAAGAGGAUUGUAUACAUGUGACUGGAGAGGAUGCAGGACCGGCAAGGCUUUGCCAUAUCAAAGACCUCUGCCUUUGUCCCAAGAGUCAUGGGGAACCAUGAUGGAUGCCAGGCUAGUCAAUGGCCCGAUGUGCUUGGGGGAAACGCCUAGUGAGCAGCACAGAUGGGAAGUGGUUUAGGAGGAGACAUGAGAUUUUAAUCUCAUGAAAGCAUUUCCUCAAAAGUCUACCUCCUUUUCUAUUAGCAUGCUGGAUCAUUUCAAAUAUAUAUAAUAUUGUAACAAACUUUUUUCAUCAAAUAGAAGAAACCGUAUUUAAGAUGCAUCAUUAUUUUAUGUACCAAAAAUAAGAAAGAUAAAAAGCCCCAGAUGAGAAGUCCAAUAGGAGACCCCCCCACACACAAAGGAGAACACCUGUACUAAGACGGUAAGUGACAAGGCCACCGUGAGAAAGGAAAAGCAAGAGAAUGUGAAUCCCAACCUUUUCCCUUGGGGCGGGAUGACAAACCCUCCUCUAAGAAUAGACGCUCCGGGUGGUGGUCCUCAUCCUUUGUGAAUUUGCACAAUCGGCGUGAUCCAAAAGGACCUCAAGCAGAGACUCUAGGUCAGACAGCCUGAGACUGGUGGCCCCAAUGGCUGGCGGAAAUAGACUGAACACCUGCCUUCACUUCAGACCGACAGUUAUGAUAAGAUGCCAUUGAUUGGGAGACAAGUCCUGAUUUCAGAGAUCCAAAACUGUGCGUCUUGGAAUCAAUAGAAGAUGGCAAAGCCGUUCCUAUGCCUUCCCUGGGAGAAUUGGGACAAAUGACCCAUCUGCCAUCUCUCCAAGGAUGCCCUGUCCCAGGAUGUGACGUACUCAUUUGGCAUAAGGCACUGUUCCUAUUAAAGGGUCCUUUGGCCAUGUCAACACACCUUGACCUCACACAGCCAGGUUUCCUAAGGAAAGGAAGCCCUGACUGAGCAACUCAGGGGAAACUUUCUUGUGGAUGUCGAAAUAAAAUGCAAUUGAAGAGUAA